GCAGGUUUGUUGCCAUGGAGUUCACAUUCUGAGCCGAGUUGGGGAGUAUAAAGGUAACAGUUUGUUUUUAGUUUCAAAGAUCUGGCAAAUAGAUAGGUUGCUGCUCUUCUUCUGGAAAAGCCUGAUUGGUGAGAUUCCUUCAAGAACUCAGCCCCAAAGUGUUUUAUCCCAUCCCCUUACACUCUUGAAAACAAGUUUGCAGAGACCUCUGAAGGGAAAACCUGUGGUGCACCAAUGGCUAAUCCUGGACGUGGUACUGUUUGCAAUGGGAACAUUUACAGUCACACCAAGCAGAGCAACGGCUCACAAGGUGGAAAGUGCACAAAGAAUGGAAUUGUGAAAGAAGCCCAGCAAAAUGGGAAGCCACAUAUUUAUGAAAAGCAAAUCGUUGAGUCCUUCGAAGAAGCACCUCUUCAUGUGAUGGUUUUCACUUACUUGGGAUAUGGAAUUGGAACCCUGUUUGGCUACCUCAGAGACUUUUUGAGAAACUAUGGGAUAGAAAAAUGCAAUGCAGCUGUAGAGCGAGAAGAACAAAAAGAUUUUGUGCCUCUGUAUCAAGACUUUGAGAAUUUUUAUAAGCGAAACCUUUACAUGCGAAUCAGAGACAACUGGAACCGGCCCAUCUGCAGUGCCCCAGGAGCUCGGUUUGAUGUCAUAGAGAGGGUGUCAGACGACUACAACUGGACAUUUAGGUUUACUGGAAGAAUUAUUGAAGAUGUUAUCAACAUGGGCUCCUAUAACUUCCUUGGCCUUGCAGCCAGGUAUGAUGAGUCUAUGCGAACAGUAAAGGAUGUGUUGGAGGCAUAUGGCCUUGGCGUGGCCAGCAGCAGUCAGGAAAUGGGUACUUUGGAUAAGCACAAGGAGUUGGAAGACCUUAUGGCUAAGUUCCUGAAUGUAGAAGCAGCUAUGGUCUUUGGGAUGGGAUUUGCAACUAACUCAAUGAAUAUCCCUGCACUAGUUGGAAAGGGGUGUCUCAUUUUAAGUGAUGAGUUAAACCACGCAUCUCUCGUGCUUGGGGCCCGACUCUCAGGUGCAACCAUAAAGAUCUUCAAACACAACAACACAGAAAGCCUAGAGAAACUCCUGAGAGAUGCUGUCAUCUACGGCCAGCCUCGAACACGCAGAGCUUGGAAAAAGAUUCUCAUCCUGGUGGAGGGGAUCUACAGCAUGGAAGGUUCCAUCGUGCAUCUGCCCCAGAUUAUAGCUCUAAAGAAGAAAUACAAGGCUUACCUCUACAUAGAUGAAGCUCACAGUAUUGGGGCCGUGGGCCCAACUGGCCGGGGUGUCACAGAUUUCUUUGGAAUAGACCCUGGCGAAGUUGACGUGUUAAUGGGCACAUUCACCAAAAGCUUUGGAGCAUCAGGAGGCUACAUAGCUGGAAGGAAGGACCUUGUGGAUUACUUACGGGUUCAUUCGCAUAGUGCUGUUUACGCUGCAUCCAUGAGCCCCCCUGUAGCAGAGCAAAUCAUCAGAGCAAUGAAAUUGAUCAUGGGACUGGAUGGAACCACACAAGGAUUGCAGAGAGUACGGCAACUUGCAAAAAACACAAGAUAUUUCAGACAGAAACUACAAACACUGGGAUUCAUUAUCUAUGGCAAUGAGAGUUCUCCUGUUGUUCCUCUGCUCCUUUAUAUGCCUAGCAAAGUAGCGGCUUUUGCAAGACAUAUGUUAGAGAAAAAAAUUGGGGUGGUGGUUGUUGGAUUUCCAGCCACCCCUCUAGCAGAAGCCCGGGCUCGGUUUUGUGUUUCAGCAUCACAUACUCGGGAGAUGUUGGACACGGUUUUGGAAGCCAUUGAUGAGAUGGGCGAUCUCUUGCACCUGAAAUAUUCCCGUCACAAGAAGUCAGCGCGCCCCAAACUCUAUGAUGAAAUGAGCUUUGAACUCGAAGAUUAAGUUUCCUGGUCCUGAAUGAAACACAAGACUUUGCCAGAAAAACCUCCCUCC